AGUUAUUUGAAAGUAUUGAUUUGAUUUAGUUGAUAAUGACAGAAAAUGGCUUCAGGUGAAUCUAAAAUAUCUGUCAAAGACGCAGAAAAUGAAGAAAAGGAACAAUAUAAGUUAUUACAUAAAUAUGAAGAAGUUCCGAAAACUUUUGAAGAAGCGAUCUCGGAAACUGGAUUUGGUACGUUUAACUAUAUACUGUUGAUAGUGAUCUUAUUUCCGUGUGCGACACAAAUGGUUGAAACCGUGGGAAUGACCUACAUAGUACCAGUAGCAGAAUGUGAUCUGCACCUUACUAUUGAAGAUAAGGGUAUUUUGAAUGGAGUUACCUUUGCAGGUAUGAUUUCUAGUGGAUUGUUUUGGGGCUACCUCUGCGAUGCUCUCGGGAGGAAAAAAAUAAUUGUGUAUGGUUACUUAGUGACUGGAUUUUUCUCUGUAAUGGCAGCUUUGUCCACAAGCAAAGGGAUGUUGAUGGUGGCCAAAUUUAUGUCUGGGUUAAUUUUAAACGGUCCAUACUCAGCCACCACUUCACACAUCACCGAAUUCCACUCGUCCAAAUACAGAGGGACUGUCCACAUGAUAAGAGGCAUUUUCUUCAGCGUGAUAAAUCUUUUUCUGCCAGUGUUAGCAUGGGCCAUUUUACCGAGGAAGAUUAAUAUAUCACUAUUUGGUUUUGAAUUUCACGCUUGGAACAUCUUCAUGUUAAUUUGUGCAUCUUUGACCAUAAUCUCUGGCAUCCUAUAUAUAUUUUUACCAGAGAGUCCGAAAUACCUUAUGAGUAUGGGAAGGAAUAGAGCAGCAUUAGCAGUUAUGAGGAAGGUUUACUCUAGAAAUACCGGCAAACCUAAAGAAGACUUUCCAGUGAAAAAACUUAUUAACGAAGCAAAACAGAAUUUCACCUCCAGUAGAAUUGAAAUGACGACAGCCUUAAAAAGUGGGUGGGAUGAAAUGAAGACAAUUUUAAAUAGACCUCAUAUCAAUAAUAUGAUCUUGGCCUCUUUUAAUGCAUUUUCUAUUGUAAUGAGUUUAAACACGUUAAAGUUUUGGCUUCCGGGAAUCUUUCAAUCUAUCAGUGACUACCAAAACAACCACAACGGUACCAGUAGUAGCAUGUGCGUAAUGCUAGGAGAGAUGAGUAAACCAAAAAAUAUUACUUCUAGUCAAGAAUGUUCAGUGGAUUUGGAUAACUUUUCCGUUUACCUUAGGACCUUUAUUGUAGCAGCCGCGAGAGUUGGAGUUUUUGUGGUAGCUGGGACUUUGGUCCGAAUUGUAGGAGUAAAAAGACUGUGUAUUAUUUUAACAUUCAUUAGUGCCACAUGUAUGUUUUGCAUUUACUUUGCAAGGAGUUCACUAGCUGUAACCAUUUUAUCGGCGGCUGGAACAGCUGUUGGAAGUGUACCGGAAAACCUAUUACUUACUAUAACUUUAGAAUUGUUCCCAACAACUUUAAGAACAAUAGCGUUAUCAAUUCAUCUAACAGCACAGCGUUUCGGGACUACUCUAGGAAAUGCAAUUUUUCCCUACUUGGUUCAGAUGGGAUGUUUACCCCCAUUUUUAUUUAUAGGAAUAUUUGCAUCUGCCACUGGACUAUUAUCAAUGCUGUACUCAAAUACAGAAAACAAACCAUUAGUUUAAGAUUUAAAUUUAUUUUAAAACGAUAAGUAGAAAUAUAUUUUUUAG